AUGACAGCUUCACGAACGACGAUCUUCUUCGCCGGCCGACGUCGCGUGCCGCACCACCGACGCGUCGCCAACAAGAACGGUUCGCUGAACGUCGAUCACUCGCGGAAAGAUUUCGCCGCCAACCGUCGCUACCUGUCCGACCUCUUUACGACGAUGGUCGAGAUGCAAUGGCGCUGGACAAUACUCGUCUUUGCGCUCGGCUUUCUCGUCAGCUGGAUCUUCUUCGCCGUCGUCUACUACGUCGCCGCGUACGCGCACGGCGACUUCACGAGGGAAAACCUCGCGAAAACUCUCAACGGCACGUGGACUCCCUGCAUCGUCGCGCAUUUCUCAUUCACGGAGACGUUUCUGUUCUCGCUCGAGACGCAGCACACGAUCGGUUACGGCUCGAGAUCGAUCACCGAGGAGUGCCCCCUCGCCAUCCUCAGCCUCAUCUGCCAGUCGAUCUUCGGCGUGCUGAUUCAAUCGCUGGUCGUCGGCAUGGUGUUCGCGAAGGCGACGCGGCCGAAGAAGCGCGCGCAGACGCUGAUGUUCAGCAAGACGGUCGUCGUCAACAUGCGCGACGGUCGUCUAUGCAUCGAAUUCCGCGUCGGCGACGUCCGCCGCUCGCAGCUGAUCGACGUGCACAUGCAUGCCGUCGUCGUCAUGCGUCACACGUCCCGCGAGGGGGAGCUGAAGCCGCUCUACCGACACAAGGUCAAGCUGAGCGUCGACGCUUGCAGCGACGAAGUUUUCAUGCUGUGGCCCGUCGAGGUGACGCAUCGAGUCGACGCCGACAGUCCGUUCUACUCGAUGACGCGCGACGACUUCGCGCGACGCAAGUUCGAGAUGAUCGUCUCGCUAGGUGGCGUCAUCGCGUCGACGGGGCAGACGACGCAGGGCCGCACGUCGUACCUGAACGGCGAGGUGCGCUGGGGCGAGACGUUCUCGCCGCUAGUGCAGUACGACGAUGAGCGUCGGCUGUACAAGGUCGACUUCGCGCGCUUCGACGACACGUAUCCGACACCGAUGACCGGUCUCAGCGCGAAGCAGUACAGCGAGCGACGCGCCGCGGAAGGCGGCGAGCCCGAGGAAGAUGCGAAACACGGCGAGCUGAGGAGGCACUCGCACGCCGCCUGCACGGGCGUCGAACUGCUGCGGCUUACACCCGGAGCGGACCCCCCGCUGAGCGAGGAUGAGGAAGCGAGAGAUUCGGACAGAGAUCGUGACAAAGACCUCGUGAUAAACUACGAGUGGGCACAAGCCCUUAAAAUUGAAAUCUACUCAACGAAUACUUCGGGGAGGCAUUCCGAAGCAAAACCCGACGAAAUUCAAGCAAGAACACGAUUCGACUCCCUCUCGCAGACUUCCCCAGUUAUUUACAUGUGA